GUGUCGCUCUUCUAAGAAGCCCUGGCUCAUAAACGCGUCGCGUCCUACCUGUCCUGCAAAACAUACCAGAAACAAGGGACGAGGACAGGCUGUAUGUGCGUUUUGAGGUGACGCAUACUGUUUCAACAGCCAACCGAAAUAAUAUAUUGGCCUGCUACACAACCUUCAAGAGUGUCCCCUUGUCUUCAAGUUCGCAGAUCGCUUUCCCCGAGUACUUGCUCUGCCAUGCAUUACAUUUCAUGCUUGCACCUUCGAGAGUCAAGCGCUACCAAGCCCAUGACCUCAAUCUUGAGGGACUUGCUCGUCGUGCACAACGUAGUCUAGAUCAGCGGCCAUUUGACUGGCAGCUCGAGGCGGCAGCGGCAGUCAUGGAGGUUUAUGAUGUUGUGCUAGACAUCGUGACCGGAUGUGCGAAAACACUGUGUUUCUCACUUCCGCUACUCCAGAACGAGCAAGACAUUGGGCUUGUUAUUUCUCCACUCACAGCACUCAUGAUUGACCAGGUCAGUGGGAAGUAUGGUGUUUGAAAAUGUGCAGUUGCCGAUUGUGUCGAUGGUACUCAAUACUCAUUUACCUCUGCCUACGGCCUUGCAUCCAUGGAUUACAAGAUUUUAUCGAUCCUUUAGAUAUAUCCGGGUCCCAGUGCCAGAACAUCUGAAUCGUGAUUAAUAUUCCUGUCUUAUGAUCUCCAUUCAACCGAGCAGUAUGAUCUGAUGCUCACAAGUCGCGAGCUCUCGCAAGCCCCAGCAGUCAGAUACCAUGCGGAGAACU